UUAUUUGUUUCCUUCAUUUAAAGGUACAGACCUAUGUGAUAAGAAGAGCAGUACAACGUGCAAAUGGGCAGAUGGAUUGUCUACCUGCACCUGUUUGAACAAUUACAUUAAAACAAACUUCACUACCAAAAUGUGCAUUGCUUGUCCCAGCGGUCAAAAAGCUGAGGGUUCUGAAAAAUGUGUCAAUUGUCCAUUUGGUUAUUCUGGUUUUACCUGCAAAGAAUCAUGGAAGCUGGUGCUGGUAAUUGUUGGCUCUGUGCUCGGGGGACUGCUGCUCAUCACACUCAUUCUUCUGCCUAUAGUGGCACGCAAAUAUUCAAAGAGCUCCAUUAUAAACAAAAAUACAGACAUUGGGAAGUCUUACAUUAGCCACCCUCCUGCCAAUAAACCAUUGGUUAACGGUAGCUUAAUCAACAGCCAGGCAACCUCUGUUAACAGGCAAGCCAAUGGCCUGAAAGAUUUUGCCAAUGCUGGGGUGCCCAGGAUCCCACGGGCCACAACCACCAGCUGGAACAGCGGGACCAACCUGGAGAUGACUCCAAACACCAGCCGUGAACGUGAUCCCUAUGUGGAGGAACCGGGUGAGUAUAAGUUUGUGUGUUUGAUGUACAAAGAAAGAGAGCAGUAAGGGCAAAUUAAAGAAGUACAAAAUAUAAAAGAGUUUUAGUUCAUGGAACAGAAAGAAAGUAGAAUGUUAGUAGAAAAUAUUCAGCAGAGGAAGAGAAGUUAAAAUCUGGCAUAAGCUUGGUUUUCUUCUCAUGAAGAAAUUCUCUUUUCACUGUAGUGUUUCCCUGAUGACCAUGAUGAAAUGAACCCGUAUGCUCAGAGUCAACCCCAGAGCAGUUUCUAUGCUCAGAAUCGACCUCAGAUCAACCCAAAUGCUCAGAACCAAGGCAACAGCAACUCUAACUACAUACAUGACAAUGGAAGAAGGUUUAAUCAAUGCACAAAGAUUCAUCCGGCAGUUACAUUUCCCUUCCAAGUCCACAAAUUGUUGGUCCAACAACAGGUAACAUAUGUUAGAACUCACUUUCUCAUUAAACUGUUACAGUCACUUUACCUCAUAUACUUACUUACUGUUUAUACAAACUGUUAACACCUCUCUCUAUAUAUUUAUUUAUUUAUUCUCUGCUGCAUAUAUGUUAACUACAUACCUGCUUACAUUUAAAUAACAUUAAUUUCAUUCAUUUAUUAUCAAU